UUAUCCGGUGGGAAUCUAUGGCCGAAGCACUCAUACAAUAACGGUGUAGGAUCCAGACAAGUGAUCAAUAGAACCUCCCGUUGAACACGUAUUUUUCUGUUGUAGUUAGUGUUUCCAUAUACCUGUACCCGUCCUCAUCAUCAGAAUCUCUUCCGGAGUAUUUAUUUUGGCAACUGAACCCCUGUUCGGAGCCUGGUCAGGUGCGAUUCAGAUGGUGAGCAGGAGGAAUCAUACCCGGCAGUGCUAGUCGUGAUCUUAGUUUCAGUUGAAUCAAUGGACAUGAUAUUUACAGUGCUCUCCUUCUAGCUUGCAGGUCAAGUGUUUUAUGGAUUGAUGUUAUUCCAUCAUCGCUCUUAUUACACUUGGGCUCAGCUUUGCUUGCUUGAAUUAGGCUAAGCUCAGCUCAAGCAAGCUGAUUCAAUACAAAAGGACAGAAAGCAAUACAAAAGGAGAGAAAGCGAUUGUUAGCGCAGAGUCCAUGGAUUCUCCGACACAAAACACGUCAUUGCAGCGGCUUCAAAAUGUUGAAAAGAGAAUCAUUAAGGUAUUGGAGCUAGCCGGGGGAGUAAUGGAUGAACUAGCUAAUCCUGCCGGUCCCCGAAAGGAAUCUAUAGACAACCAUUGCCGCGAGUUCAUGCAGUCGAUCAAGGACAUCCAGAUGACUCUGAGAGACGAAAUCAAAAGUGCGUGUGAAUACCGUCCGUUUGAGAAGUGCGACUACAGCCCUCGAAUAGCGAAUGAGAUUUGUCUGGAGAAGCUGAAAUACAUCCUAUCUCAGCUGGAUGGAAUGAAAGAGACGAUCGACGAAUAUAACAGCGAAGCCUGACCGCAUAAAAGUUUGGCAAUUUAGGAUGGUAUGGGAUCCCGUGUUGGAAGUUUGACAUGGGGAGUUAUUGCGCGAGAUUGGUUUUAUCAGAUCGAGAGCUCUUGAAUUCUAACAUGGCAUGUGUAUUUAGUCAUUAGUGAAGCUUUAAUUUGACCAUUUCCGUUGAUUUAUGUGACUUUUAUCUUUCUUACUUGUAUACGGUCAAGUAAUGCUUUGUGGCAAUUUUAAGGAACAUCGCGGUGGGGCUUCUAUA